AUGAAGAUCUGCGUUGCCAUCAUUCUGUCAAUAGCCCUCCUUCUAGGUAACUCUGUCAAGCUCCGAGCUUCCGUUACUGGGCCGGUUCCCUCGGACGGUGAUGGUCCUGCGUCUCAGGUGUGUCAGCAGUGCUGCCAGGGACCUGCUGCCAUACCCGGCAUACCUGGUCUGCCCGGACCGUUAGGACAGAUGGGGCCGUACGGUCAGCCGGGGUCAAAGGGCGGCAAGGGUGAGCCUGGACACAAAGGUGAGAUUGGACAGAUUGGACCUAUGGGUGAUCAGGGAUCACCUGGGAACACUGGGUCUAAAGGUGAUGAUGGGAUUGGUCUGCCUGGCAAGAUAGGUCCGAGAGGGCUACCUGGUUUUGUUGGAGGAACUGGGGAACCUGGUGUCAAAGGUCAGAAGGGUGAGACAGGGGGGACACCAGACGACUCCAACCAGCGGGUGGCAUUCACUGUGGUGAGGACGAGCAGCUCGGAUACCUCUACGAGUCACGACACCCGUUUGCCCUUCCAGCAGGCCGAGACCCUUCUGCCGGGUACCAGUUUCGAUCUCGAGACCGGUACGUUCACCUGUAGUGUGCCAGGCACCUACGUAUUUACGUUUUCUGUUCUUAAAUAUAGCAACAGCAAUAGCCUUUUUAUCUAUCUGGUUAAAAACAACCACAGGGUGAUUACCACCCUUGGUCAAUCAAAUCAACGAGGUCAGUUGUCUGGAAGCGCGGUGCUGGUUCUGCAGCGUGGAGAUACGGUGUAUCUCACCAUGUACGGUAGGGCGUACAGUGAAUCCACAAGCCACUACACCUCAUUCAGCGGCGUCCUCCUUUACCCGGAGUCAAUGAAUUAAUUAAUAAAAAAUCACCUCGCAUAAAUAUACAGGAGCAGUGCUGCCCCCCCAAAAAAACUUCGCUUUCCAUUUU